GCUGACGCAAGGGAUGAUUAACUUAUGCGUGAUCGUGUACAUGGACGAUAUCCUAGUCUAUUCGGAAACCUAUCACGGGCACGCGCAACAUAUCGAAUGGACAUUGGGCGCGUUGAGAGAGUUAGGUUCAAGAUUGCGCUCGAUAAGAGCGAAUUUUUCCUCUCGGAAAUUUUGUUCUUGGGCUACGUCGUGACACGUGGAGGAUUGCGGCCGGACUCGAGAAAAUUUGCGGCGGUGAAAGAAGCCCCGGUUCCCACGUCACUGGCGCAGGUUCGAGCCUUCUUGGGGUUGGCGUCGUACUACCGGCGCUUCAUCAAGGGCUUUGCCGCGAUUGCGCGACCACUAACGAAUCUGUUAAGGAAGGACCAGCCUCUUAGUUGGGACGCGGAGUGUCAACAGGCUUUUGCAACCCUCAAGGACGCUCUGGCGGCGACCCCUAUUUUGAUUCGCGCGACAGAGUUCCGGUUCACGAGCAAUCCCCAGGUGGUGGUGCUGGCCGAGGCAACGGCGUUUCAACGGCGAGCGGCCCCAGGAAUUAGCCACGUGUCUACCGUGGUAGUCUUCAGCGGCGACAUCACCGCCUUCGAUCCGGCGCGGCAAACCGCCAUCAAAAGCACCUUGUACAAGUGGGGUCAGUUCGUUGAGCUCUCGUUCUGCCUACUACGAUUGGGUCUGAACUGGACGUGGGAAGGCGAUCGGAGGCCCACGUCAGAGAUCGUGGAGCUGCUCAUCAUUCAGGCGUGGAGGACCAACGUGGCGGGAGACCUUCUGGGAUUCGUCUUUGGAGCAGUGGAUCGGGGAAACCGAUCACAGAUCGUGCGCGAACUUACGAUCGUGAUCGCGCGACUGGCCGACAAACUUCCCCUUGACAUCGUCUCUCAGAGCGACGAAGAGCCCGUGCCACAUACCCUCUCAAGGACUCUCGCCCCGAGCCUCCAGUGGUCGACUUGUAUCGAGGAGCGCUGGGCGGACGACCGUUUUCCCUCGCGCAGCAAGUACCUGGACGUCCACAGCCUAACUAACCCCCGCUUCUUUCGGCAACCAACGACGUUCGAGUGGGCGGCCCUGAGAGCAGAAGAGGAAGCAGAAGAGGAUUCGGAAGGAGAAUUAAGGAGAGAGGCCGAGGAAGCAGCGGCCUGGUUGGAUGAGGACGAGGAAGAAGAACGCGAAGCAGAAGAAGAGUCGGCGAAAGCUGAAGAAGAAGAAGAAGAAGAAGAAGAAGCAGAGGAGGAGACUUCGGAAGAAGAGGAGGAAGCCUAUAGUGAGCACAGUGAGGACGAGCCAAGUGAAGAGGAGGACGAAGACGGCGACAAAGAAGUGGAAAGCGGAGACGGCCAGGAGCCAACGCACGACGACGAGUUCGAGUGGGUGCCAGGACCGGAUCGACGGGAGGAGAAUCCUGAGGCUGCCGCGCUGCGCAAGAAAGAGGUCGCAGAGGGAAAGCGGUCGGCGAUCAACCCCACACCGAAUGAUCCUUCCAAGGAUCCCGAGCCGCCCAAGCCGGAACAUGGGGACCUUGGUGCCACGACCUCGAGCGCCGCGACGACAAGGCGCUGACCCCGAUCCCGAUCCCCUUCCCCCU